UGCUUCAGAACAAAGUCUCAACUGAAGCCAGUCGUCUGAGUUGCUGACUGGGUAGCGCUAUAUCGAACGUUUUCUGUGUUUGUGAUUCUAGUGUUUAGCCACCAUGUUUGACGUUUUCGGCUCCGUCAAGGGGCUGUUGAAAAUAGACUCAGUUUGUAUCGAUAAUAAUGUUUUCCGUUUACAUUACAAAGCAACAGUUGUAAUAUUAGUAGCUUUCUCGUUGUUGGUGACAUCAAGACAGUACAUUGGCGACCCGAUCGACUGCAUCGUCGAUGAAAUUCCUCCAAAUGUUAUGGAUACGUACUGUUGGAUUUACUCGACGUUCACGAUUCCGAAUCGACUCGCUGGAACAAUUGGUAAAGACAUUAUCCAGCCUGGUGUAGCUAGUCACGUUGAAGGUGAGGAUGAAGUCAAAUAUCAUAAAUACUAUCAGUGGGUAUGCUUCGUAUUGUUUUUCCAAGCCAUGUUUUAUGUUCCACGCUACCUUUGGAAAACGUGGGAAGGUGGUCGAAUCAAGAUGCUUGUAAUGGAUUUGAACUGCCCCGUUGUUACUGAAGAAUGUAAAACUGAUCGUAAGAAAUUGUUGGUGGAUUACUUUGCUCAGAACUUACGCACACAAAAUUUCUAUGCAUUCCGAUUUUUCAUUUGUGAAAUAUUGAAUUUCAUCAAUGUCAUCGCACAAAUAUACUUCAUGGACGUCUUCCUUGAGGGUGAAUUCAGUACCUACGGUGCAGAUGUCGUGAGAUUUACUGAAAUGGAACCUGAAGAACGUGAGGAUCCCAUGUCGAGAGUGUUUCCAAAAGUGACCAAGUGCACAUUCUUCAAGUAUGGUCCUUCAGGAUCUGUACAAAAGUUUGACGGCCUGUGUGUUCUUCCACUGAAUAUUGUGAACGAAAAAAUCUACGUUUUCCUGUGGUUUUGGUUCAUCAUCUUGACUGUGCUUACUGCUGUCUCACUGGUCUACCGUGCAGCUGUUGUGUUUGGCCCCAACAUUCGUCUGUACCUGCUGCGUGCUCGCUCAAGGCUGUCUCCACAGGAUCAAAUUGAAACGAUAGCAAAGAAGUGUCAAAUUGGCGAUUGGUUUGUACUGUAUCAACUUGGUAAGAAUAUUGAACCUAUCGUUUUCAAAGAAUUAAUUGCAGAUUUAGCUAAGAAACUGGAAGGUAAAGAAACAGUUUGAAAGUAGAGUCGUGCCUUCAAAUCAACUGAACAAGUCUCUUGUCUUGUUCAAUCCAAUCAUUUGGAAAUGUGUUCAUUCAAUGCCAGUUGCUGGAGUUAUUCGAUUUGGCAUAAAUAUAUAAACUUCAAUCUAUUCAUUCCUAGAUUAUGAUUAAGUUAGGAAAGCAGAUACCUAACCUCAACUACGUGCCCGCAUUCAACAUUCCCUUUUUCCAUUGAUAGCUUACUUGGGAGGUAAGCUUUUACAUUGCAAUACAUUUUAAAAUAAAGAACUGCCCUUUUAUCAAAUGCAAUUUAUGAUAUAUUGCAUUUUCUUUUGAUAUUAAAACAAGUACCGUACCAUACUCAUUAUUGUACUGUCUAUGUGAUGUAAUAAGACUGGUUUAUGUGGGAAUUGAAAUGAAAAUUUUGGUAGGAUUAGAGAUUCUACAAUCUGACAGUGCUUCCAAAUCUUUCAUAGGCUAUAAUAUAUUUUUUUUGGAAGAAAUCAUGUAUUUUUAUAAAAGCGUUGGUUUGUCAAGUAAUUUUCAAGAUGAGAAUUCAAAAUAUGCUUCUCGUGUACAUAAUGUUUAUGAAAGGUUAUUUAUAGCUAAAUGGAGAAUGAUCAAUAUUUGUGAUGAUAGUGUCAAUCAUCUUUCCUCAUAGCAUAGAUAAUAUAGGUUAGAAACAAGGUUGUUCAAUAAUUUUCAUAACUCGAUUUUCCCAAUUCCCGUAAGGAAUUCUGCUGUACAUCGAUCCUUAUGAUUAAGUGGUUUCAGAACAAUUAUUAAGGUUAUUAUCAUAAAGCUAUUAGUUUAUUAUUGAUAUGUUAGACACCCAUUUGUAUGUUGGGUUUUAUUAGCCGCUUAAUUUGUGUUACUUUUAUGGCAUUCUACAUUUUAAAGUAGCAUCUAUCUCAUAUUUCAAGAUAUUAUUUUUGAGUAGGGCACAGAAAUGCUUUGCUAAUUACCAAAAAGGGGGGCUUUUAUCACAGUUAACACCUGUGCUGGCUAAAAUUCUAGAGUUUUGGUUCUACAUUCUAAAUUACUUUUGAUUUCAAUUAGGCCCUGCUCAAUAUUAAAUUGGUACAGUAACUUGAUAGCCAUUCAGCUCAAUUUUGAAGAUAAAUGCACAACAAUUUGAACUUGAAGCAAUAUUUUGGAAAUCUAUUCAAUAUUCAACUUGUAUUUAUGGAUGCAAUACCGAUAGCAUGCCCAUCCAAGUUGAAUAAAUUGAGUGCAUGUAUUGAAUGCUUGAGGGUGCGUGAUGUUGGUGUUAGAUUGUGUGUAUUUUAAUUUAGAAUUAUGGAAAUAUUGUGAUCAUAGAUUAUUUAGUUUAAAUUGAAUUGAAUGAUUAUCUAAUAUAUAAAUAUAUUUAAUUAUUAUGUGUAAAUUAAUUUCGCCAACUAGAAACUCAUAAUAAAUUUGGCUUUCACAAUUUAUUGCUGCUAAUAGUAAUAUUAUUUCUGUAUGUGUAGGUAUCCUCCUAUGCAUGGUAAUAGUAGUGAUUUAGCGAAUCAAGAUUAUGUGUAGUCAAUCUUUCUCAUGCCAUAAUAAUCAACUAUUAUCUCGUUUUCUUUGCCAUACUUAUUAGCAAGAAGUGUUACAUAGGUGAAUCAACUUCCCAUGUUAUUUUUCUUGAUUCAGUUCAGUUCAUUGUCAUAAUAAACUUACAUAUUGAUUCUACAGUAACUUACAAUUAAACUAACUCACUUAACGUUGGAUUGAUAUUUCUUUUUCUCUUGAUAUUAAAGAAAAUAAUUAAUUUCGACUAAAAGUAGUAGUUGUUAUCUAACAGUCUUUACUUCAAUAACAUACCUAAUUUUAACAAAUAAUUUAUUUUCUAAAAUUGUUGAAUAUCCAGGCGAUUGCCAAUAGUUAAUUGUUAAAUUAUUGAAAAAGCCUUUCAUCUAGUUAGAUAGUUUUGUUUGUUUUUUCUUUGAUUCCUUGUGACAAAAGCAGUCUAUAGGUAGAGUUUGUUAAUUUAAAAAGUAAAUAUUGAUCUUGUAUAAAGGAAUAUUGUUGAUGAUCGAUUUGUACAUAGAUUUAUGGAAUUGAGUGCCUUGAAAUGUAAUUACUCAAGUAAGGAGGGGGGAGGGGGUUUGCACAAUCUGGUACUCUUUAAAUAAUUGAUUCCAAAUGAAAAUUUCUUACUCCAUGCAUUCCUCAUUGGGACCAACCCUAAUUUAAUUGAAGUACUUUUCAAUUUACUGACAGCAUUAAAUAUUUUUUUCUCCUUAGCACAUUACUUCUGAACUUGUAAUUCCGUAUUCAAUUAUUCUAUCUGCUAUCGGUAUCCAUUUUUUCAUGCUUUUAAAUGUUCAUUGUACCAAGACUUUUAGAAUUGAGGCUUUUACUUGAAUGAUAAGGCAACACAAUUAUUAUUUUACAUUUGCACUGAAUAUUCGAAGACAGCCCAAUCCUAUCAAAGCAACAAGUUUGAAUAUAGAUUUUAAACAUUCCGCUGAGAAAGCAAUGAUCUCAAAAUAUAACUCAUAAACUCAUUGGGAAUAUUGUGAACAUGAGUCGAAAUCUACUAAUUGAAGAAAAUGCAUUGAUUUUAUUGUGCUGUUCCACUUCCAUUUUUUCCAAUUGUAAUAGCAAGAAUAUUAUUUUAAUUAUGCGUCAGUGUUGAAUAGUUAUCUUUAUCAAAUUAGAUAUCAUUCCAACCCAAUAAAUUUGUCAAAAAAAUGUUGCAAUAAUUAAUUGAAUUACUGUAUCAAGUAGAGGACUUUGUGUAUGAAAUGUUCUUUGAAAUAUGUCAGUAAACGUUCUGUUCAUAUCACAUUCGAGUUGUUACACAUUCAACUGCCAAUAUGUUUUUGAAUGUACAUUCCUUUUGUAAGCCUAUUUGACAGAUGUUUGUAUACUGAAUAAUGUGGCACUAUUCCAUUUUUGAAGAUUUUUAUAUAAAUUUGUACAAACAUUUAUGAAGGAAAGUACCUUCCAAUCUUUUGUAAAAUAUACAUUAUAUACAAUAAAUUUACAUUGCUUAUCAA